AUGACUUCCUCACCAAAAUUUGUGUGCCUCUUUUUUCUUCUUACAAUCUUAGUUUGCUCAAUCCAAACCUAUCCUAGAGAUAGCCAAUUCUUUAGCAAGGUUACUCGAAAGCGCGACGAUGCCACCACCACCACAACCAUCAACCCAAACACUAACAACAAUUACUUCACCAACAACAAAGUAGAUUAUUUUGUAACAUUAAACAAGCAAGAAAAGAAAGAUGAACAACCCGUUUUCCUCCCUCAAACCACCGAAACCGGUUACGGCCUAUACGGGCACGAAACCGGCCUAGAUGCCCCUUCUACCACCACCACCCCAAAUUCCUUGUACAACACGGAUGAAAACAACAACCAAAAGUACGAGAAUUUCAACAACUACUACAAGAACAACAAUGAAAAUCAUGAGAAGAAUUACACACCCGAGUUGAAAGGUUUGUCCGGUACUACCUACACCGAAAAGACUCCUAUGUCAUACAACAAUUUUAACGAUGAAGGUAAGUUCUAUGAAAUCAACAACAGCAACAACAAGGAAUUAUCUUUUCAGCGCGUUGGCAGUACUCGCAUCAGCGAUCAUAAUUUUGGGGGCUGUGUGGGCCAUAAUAAAAUAUUCCAUGAAAAUCCCAGCAGGUACAGAGCCACCUGA